AUGUCAGGCACAUACUCUAAAGCCGACGUGCAAUCGCACAACAAGGCAGACAACCUCUGGAUCAUCGUCGACGAUGAUGUCUACGACUUGACCAAGUUCCAGGAAGAGCACCCUGGUGGUAAGAAGAUCCUCCAGCGAGUGGCUGGAAAGGAUGCCAGCAAGCAGUUUUGGAAGUACCACAACGAGGGCAUCCUGAAGAAGUACCAGAAGCAACUUCAAGUCGGCUCGCUGGACUCGAAGGCACAGGCCGCUCCCCCGACACCACCCGCCACACCUCCUCCAGCAGCAAAGAAGGAAAAGCAGGUCGUCAAGCCUGAGCCCGUGCCCGGUACUGUGGCUCCUCAGCCUGGCGCUGACGCCAAAGAGGUCGCCGUUUCGGAAGCUCUUGACCAGUUUGGUGACAUGAUCCCCGGUGGAGACCCCAACUGGUACCAAUCUUACCACUCGCCCUACUUCGACCAAUCGCACGCCGACCUCCGCGCCGAAGUCCGAGAAUGGAUGGACAACGAAAUCAUCCCAAACAUCACCGAGUGGGACGAAGGCAGAAAGGUUCCAGACUCGGUAUACAAGGCCAUGGGCGAAAAAGGAUACCUCGCAGGUCUGAUGGGUGUCCACUAUCCCAAAGACCUCACCGACAAGCGCGUCAAGUCCGUCCCUGCAGAGAAAUGGGAUCUGUUCCACGAGAUGAUCAUCACCGACGAGAUCUCAAGGUCUGGCAGUGGUGGUUUCGUCUGGAAUCUCAUUGGUGGCUUCGGCAUCGGCGCCCCUCCAGCUCUGAAGUACGGAAAGAAAGAGUUGGUCAAGAGAAUCAUGCCGGAUAUCCUGAGCGGAGACAAGAGAAUCUGCUUGGCUAUCACCGAGCCUGACGCUGGUUCUGAUGUCGCCAACCUGACUUGCGAGGCUAAGCUGAGCGAGGACGGCAAGCACUACAUUGUCAACGGUGAGAAGAAGUGGAUCACCAACGGCAUCUGGUCCGACUACUUCACCACUGCUGUUCGCACAGGAGGUGAGGGUAUGAACGGUGUCAGUGUCCUUCUUAUCGAGCGUAGCUUCGGUGGCGUUUCAACCAGAAAGAUGGACUGCCAAGGUGUCUGGUCGAGUGGCACAACAUAUGUCACCUUCGAAGAUGUCAAGGUACCGGUAGAGAACCUGAUCGGCAAGGAGAACCAAGGUUUCAAGGUCCUGAUGACAAACUUCAACCACGAACGUAUCGGCAUCAUCAUCCAGUGCCUGCGCUUCUCGCGCGUCUGUUACGAAGAGUCGAUGAAGUACGCCCACAAGCGACGAACCUUUGGCAAGGAGCUCAUCGAGCACCCCGUCAUCCGUCUCAAGCUCGCCCACAUGUUCCGCCAGAUCGAAGCAUCGUACUCGUGGAUGGAAAACCUUAUCUACCAAUGCCAACAGAUGAACGAGGUAGAGGCCAUGCUGAAACUCGGCGGUGCCAUUGCCGGUCUCAAGGCCCAAGCAACCACCACUUUUGAGUUCUGCGCUCGCGAGGCCAGUCAGAUUUUCGGUGGUCUGAGUUACAGCCGCGGCGGUCAGGGCGCUAAGGUCGAACGCCUUUACAGAGAUGUCAGGGCGUACGCGAUCCCCGGUGGCAGUGAGGAGAUUAUGUUGGAUCUGAGCAUCCGCCAGUCUCUGAGGGUGCACAAGGCUUUGGGCAUGAAGCUGUAA